GGGAAGCAUAAUUAUCUUGUAAGACUAAGAGAUUGAGGGAUUCUUCAAGUAGGAAGUGCAUAAAUAGGAAUUGUUUGGUAUGGUUAUCACCUUUGCAUAGCCAACAGCAGUUGAGAGAUCCAAUGAGUAACUCAUCAUUGGGAGUGUGUGUUAGAAACAGAGUGGGUGGCCUGAGUGUCCUCAGCCUCAUCCUCCUUCAUCGAGGUAUCACUAUCAGAACAAUUGUGACUGGGAAUGUACUCUCCAUCUUCUUGGGCCUUGUAUUUGCUGAUAUUGAGCCUGAGAAUUGUCAUAGGAACAUUGGAGUCGCCAUCAGACAUGUUGGUGUUGUUGAUGUCAGACUGGCUUGAUCAGCUGAGGAUUUGCUAGAUGGGCUAGCUAACUUAAGUGCCUGGGAUCCAUCAUCCUGAGUAUUCAUGGAAGGGUUGUCCUGAGCGAAGGUGAAGGCCGAUGCUCCUGAGUCAGCAGAGCUCUGAGGACGAUGACUGGUAGCAUCUGACUAAGAAGUUGUGUUGGUGAUACGGCGGAGUCUGUAACCUUCAGCAUGAUCUUCUUGAUUGUGGGAGCGGAAGGCGUUUUUUUCGUCGGUUCAGAAGUGGUGCUUUUUACGGGGUAGAGGCUCCGCAGGAUGGGGGCAAGGCUAAAAAAUGCGCGCCAGCACGGUUUUUGAUCACCGCAACAUUAUUCCUCAGGCUUUUUCGGCUGCUUUUUUUCACGUCAUUUGAGCACCAUUCUUAUUGAUCACAAGCGGAAUGGCAAUGGCAUUAGG